AUGGGAAUUAAAAACCUUAAUGGGCAGGUAGUUGUGGUGACCGGCGCUAACACUGGUAUUGGAAAAGAGACUGCAUAUCAGCUCACACUUAGAGAUGCAAAGGUGUAUAUCUUGUGUCGGGACCAGAAAAAAGGAAAAGCGGCCGUAAAAGACAUUCAAUCAUUGAAUCCAAAGGCAAAUAUAAAACUACUUUCGCUGGACUUGUCUUCACUCAAAUCCGUCCGCAAAUGUGUGGAAGAGUUGUCGGGUUUGGAGACAAAAGUCGAUAUACUUAUCAAUAACGCCGGAGUUAUGGCCUGUCCUGAGUGGCAGACGGAGGAUGGGUUUGAGAUGCAGUUUGGGACUAAUCAUCUAGGUCAUUUUCUAUUCACUCUACAUUUGAUACCAUUGCUAAAGAAAGCACCGGCGGGUCGUAUAGUGAACGUGUCGUCGACUGCACACAAUUUUGGCAAAAUUAAUCUACAAAAUAUAAACCUACGAAACGGUACAUAUCAUAACUUUUUCGCGUACGGACAGAGCAAACUGGCAAAUGUGUUAUUCAGCCGGGAAUUGGCCAAAAGGCUCCGCCAUUCAAACAUCAACACUUAUAGCCUAAACCCCGGCGCCAUUGACACUGACCUGCAAAGACAUGUCGACCCAUCGGCCGCUACGGCUACCGAUAAGAGUUGGUUUACGCGUAACUUUUAUAUGACACCAUUCCUGGGCUCUCAGACCACACUCUACUGCGCUCUCGACGAUGAUAUCGCUGAUGAGACCGGAUAUUAUUACGACAACUGUCGUCGUGUGGAUCAUAUGAUACCCGAAGCCAAUGACGACAAGACUGCCAAAAGUCUGUGGGAAUUGAGCUGUGAUUUACGCAUCUACAUGAAUGAACUUUUAACCAUGAACAAAAAACUAACCAUACUAUUUGUGCCGAUGAACUUUGUGGGCCCGGUAAACUGCUGCAUAGGAAUGGGCCAGGUGCUAUUGGGCGCCGGGCACCACGUGGUAUUUGCCGUACAACCGGAAUGGCGACAAAAACUGACCACGUACGGCAACUUUGGCGUAGAGGUGUUGGGACCUGGCGACGCCAAACCCGAGGUCACCUCUACCACGACCACCACCACCGCUAAGCCUGGUGAUUCAACCGAGCGCAACGUGGAUAUCAUGCGCGAUUAUCUAGGCCAAAUGAACACGUUUGAUAAAAUUGCAAAAAGUUUUCGCAGUACUUUUGCCGGAAUGGUUCCAUCCGGUUCCCGCGACGACCCCUGCAUUGCGGCCGCUAUAGCCAAUGUAAAGCCCGACGUGAUUAUCAUUGAUCACGCGAUGAACUUUCCGGCCAUUUUAACCUCGGGCAUACCCUGGGUGUUCAGCUACAGCGCUAACCCGUUGUCACUAGACUUGGGCCACGAAGAUCACCGACUACCGCCCUCCUUAUUGGGUUUGCCAAUAAAUAGCGACAAAAAUGAGUGGGAAGUACUGCGGCAACGGCUAAAAGAGAUUCGCCUCGAGGGAUGGCCAGCAUAUAGGGAUUGGUUGGUGAAGGAGGGUUGCCAACCGGAUCAACUACCCCUUGCGGGUCAUCUCUGGUCACCCUCGCCUUACGCUAACGUUUACAUGUUUACUAAAGAGCUAGAUUAUACAGAUGUGCGUCCAUUGCCCAACACAUACCACCGGUUUGAUUACUGCAUGCGCACCGAGAGUGAAGGCCAGGAGCCGUUUGCUGUGCCCGAGUGUUUAAGAAGUAAACCUGGUAAACUUAUAUACCUUUCGCUGGGCUCCAUGGGUAGCGCCAAUGUUGAACUAAUGCGCCGAUUGGUUGGCAUACUGGCCAAUAGUCCGCACAGGUAUAUUGUGUCUAAGGGUAUUUGCCAUGAUCAAUAUACACUGCCGGAUAAUAUGUGGGGUGCACGCACUGUGCCCCAGCUACAGGUGUUGCGCAUGGUUGAUUUGAUGAUCACACAUGGUGGUAAUAAUACGGUGACCGAGUGCAUGUACCAUGGUAAGCCGAUGAUGGUAAUGCCAUUGUUUUGGGAUCAGUUUGAUAACGCUCAGCGCGUUCACGAACAAGGGUUUGGCGUACGUAUGGAUCCGUUCACAUGCACUGCCCCUGACUUGUUGGCCACCGUUGAUAGGCUUUUGGGCGAUAAACAAUUGAGUGACAAAUUGGCUGCAGUUUCACAUAGGAUUCAGACCGAGAAGAGUUUGAAUAGGAUUGUGCAGAUUGUUGAGAAUCUGUGUAACUACCAUGCACUUGUACUAUUAAGCGCAGGGCACCACGUUGUAUUUGCCGUACAACCGGAAUGGCGACAAAAACUGACCACGUACGGCAACUUUGGCGUAGAGGUGUUGGGGCCGUCCGACCCGGAACUCGUGGACACCUCUACCACCAACACCACCCCUAACCCAGAUGAUUCAACCGAGCGGAACGUGGAUAUCGUACGCGAUCUUCUUAUCCAACUGAGUCCAUUUGAAUCGACUGCGAAAAAUCUCCGUGGUACAUUUGCCGACAUGAUACCCCAAAGCGCACGUGACGACCCCUACUUGGCAGCCAUAAUUACGAGGGUAAAGCCCGACGUGAUUGUCACCGAUCAUGUCAUGAACUUCCCGUCCAUUAUGCUCUCGGGCAUACCCUGGGUUUUUAGCUACAGUAGUAACCCGUUGUCACUAGACUUAGGCCACGAGGAUCGGCGACUACCGCCUUCUCUAUUAGGUUUGCCAAUAAAUAGCGACAAAAACGAGUGGGAAGUACUGCGACAACGGCUAAAGGAGGUUCGCCUCGAAGUGUGGCCAGCAUAUCGGGAUUGGUUGGUGAAGGAGGGUUGCCAACCGGAACAGCUACCCCUUGAGGGUCAAUUGUGGUCACCCUCGCCCUAUGCCAACGUUUACAUGUUUACUAAAGAGUUAGAUUACACAGAUGUGCGUCCAUUGCCCAACACAUACCACCGGUUUGAUUACUGUAUGCGCACAGAGAGUGAGGGCCAGGAGCCGUUUACUGUGCCCGAGUGUUUAAGGGGCAAACCUGGUAAACUCAUAUACUUCUCACUGGGUUCUAUGGGCAGCGCAAAUGUUGAGUUAAUGCGCCGAUUAGUCGGUAUACUGGCCAAUAGUCCGCACAGGUUUAUUGUGUCCAAAGAUAAUAUGUGGGGCGCUCGUACUGUGCCCCAGCUACAAGUGCUGCGCAUGGUUGAUUUAUUAAUCACACAUGGUGGUAAUAAUACGGUAACAGAAUGCAUGUACCAUGGUAAGCCAAUGGUGGUGAUGCCCCUGUUUUGGGACCAGUAUGAUAACGCUCAACGCGUUCACGAACAAGGGUUUGGCGUACGUAUGGAUCCGUUCACCUGCACUUCCCCUGAUUUGUUGGCCACCGUUGAUAGGCUUUUAGAUGAUAAACAAUUGAGUAAAAGAUUGGCUGCAGUUUCGCAUAGGAUUCAGACCGAGAAGAGUUUGAAUAGGAUUGUGCAGAUUCUUGAAAAUCUAUGUAAAGAUUCACAGAAAACAGCGUUUGUUAGCGAAUACGAGAACAUAAGCAAAACCUAUGGAGAAUUGAACGAUGAUGUGAAUAAAUUGGCAAAAGGCCUGUUGGAGUUUGGUAUCAAAAAGGGCGACAUAAUUGGUAUAUGGAGUUGCAACUCUUAUAACUGGAUUAAAAUACAAUAUGCGUGCGCUAAGCUGGGUAUAAUAAUGUGCACAAUUAAUCCGGGCUACCAAUGCAACGAAUUGGAUCACGUGUUACGGCGGGCACAAAUAAAGACCUUGUUUAUGCCCGGAUUAGAUUCAAAACAGUUAAUAAUAAACAACUAUCACAAAUUAGAUUAUGGAACAUCUAAUCAAGCCAAUAACGAUCCGUUAUUAUUAAAUCAUGUAAUUUUUAUGGACGGCACCGGUACUCAAAUGGAUGAUUAUAACAAGGAUAGGGUGACCAGUAGUUUGUUAUCCGAUUUUAGCAACACUGAUGGACAACUUCCCGGCUCAGUAACGGAAUCGGUAACACCGGACGACCCUGGAGGUACAACUGGCAAUAACGCUUUAUUAGCCGCAAAAUCGUGGGACAUAGACGAUCAGGAUAAAAUAUUUUGUAACCCAUUGCCUUUUUUUCACGCAUUUGGUGGCAUACUAGGCAAUCUGGGCAUUUUGAAAGGCAUUGGCACUGGCGGAUCAUCAAUGCCCAUUGAGGUGGCCCAUCGGGCGCGCAAAAUAAUACCUUCAUGUUUUGAUAUGAGAGUUGCCUAUGGGGCUACAGAGGCUGGCACAUUUGGCACUGUAUCAGAUCAGUCUGACUCAAUUGAGCGCCGGUUAGAAACUUGUGGUCGACCAUUAUUUCACAUGGAGACCAAGAUUGUUGAUCCAAAAACUGGGAACGUAGUUAAAGUUGGAGAAAGCGGUGAAUUAUUAUCACGCGGACAUAAUCAGAUGGUUGGCUACUGGCGAGACGAAAAGGCUACACGAGAGGCAGUCGACCAUGCUGGUUGGUAUAAAUCGGGCGAUAUAGCGACAAUGGAUGAGCAUGGUUAUAUCAAAAUUGUCGGCCGAACCAAAGAGAUGAUCAUAAGGGGCGGCGAAAAUAUAUACCCCCGCGAAGUGGAAGAGUUGCUACACACUCACCUCGAUAUAUUGGACGCAUACGUGUGCGGAAUACCCGAUGAACGGAUGGGCGAAGAGGUGUGCGCUUGGAUUCAACUGAAAGACCCGACGGCUAAACCGCUUACCGUCGAUGAUGUGCGCGAGUAUUGCAAACAGAGAAUCACUUAUUUCAAAGUACCCAAAUACAUAUUAUUUGUGGACAGUUUCCCGUUAACACCGGCGGGAAAAGUAAAAAAGUUUGUGAUGAAAGAGGAGUCGUGUCGUAUACUUGGCCUAACUGUCAAAUAA